UGAUUCACUUAAGAUAAGAUAGAGAGUCAUUAUUGCCACUGUCUCUGGUGACACUGAUUAGUAAUCCAAUUAUUAAUCCAACAUCACCGUGCCGCGCAUUAUCACCAAUGUCCUUUACUACUGCCCAAUCCAAAUAUUAAUCGACUCAUUUUGUGUCUAUAAAAUCAAAGUAUGUUAUAUACCACCAUAUCUUAAACACCAAUGGAAGAUCAGCCUAAGAAGUUUCUUCACAUUGCUGUUUUCCCAUGGCUUGCUUUUGGUCAUAUAAUUCCAUUCUUUCAUCUUUCCAAACUCAUUGCUCAAAAGGGUCACAAAAUUUCAUUCAUUUCCACACCUAGAAACAUCAAACGCCUCCCUCAACUUCCUCCUGGUUUACAACCUUUCAUCAAAUUUGUAGAACUCCCACUUCCACAUAUAGAUCAACUACCUGAGAAUGCAGAAGCCACUAUGGACAUUCCAACACAUACUGUUCCAUAUCUCAAGAAAGCAUUUGAUGGUCUUCAACAACCUUUGACUCUAUUUUUGGAAACAUCCACUCCUGAUUGUAUCAUAUAUGACUUUGCACCUUAUUGGUUACCACCAAUAACAUCAAAGCUUGGCGUCUUAAGCAUCUAUUUCUCAACUUUUACUGCACUGGUUAUGUCUUAUGGAGUGGCACUCUUACUUCGAGGGGACAAUAUUCAAUCUGGUAGCCAUUUUGAACAAAAUGAAUCUGGUGUUCCCGACAUGUUUAGAAUGAAAGAAACUCUUUUUGGUGCUGAAUUUAUUGCUAUAAGAAGUUGCAUGGAGAUUGAGGGUGAAUCUUUAAAAUCACUUGAAAAUGUAUGCAAGAAAAAAGUGAUUCCAAUUGGAUUAUUGCCACCUUCACUAGAAUUCAGUGAAGAGAAAAAGGAUGAAAAUUGGGAUAUAAUCCUAAAUUGGUUGGAUAAACAAGAAAAGCAGUCAGUGGUUUAUGUUGCAUUUGGAAGUGAAGUGAUAUUAAGUGAUGAAGAAUUUAGUGAAAUAGCUAAAGGGUUGGAAUUAUCUAGUUUUCCCUUUCUUUGGAUUUUGAAGGACCAAGACAAACAUGACCGGUUUGUUGAGAAUGACUCAAAUAAGAAUGGAUUGAUUUGGAGUAAUUGGGCACCGCAGUUGAGAAUCUUAGCACAUGAGUCAAUUGGAGGAUUCUUGACACAUUGUGGUUGGAGUUCAGUGAUUGAGAGUCUUCAAGUUGGGUGUCCACUCAUUAUGUUACCUUUUCAAGAUGAACAAGGUGUAAAUGCUAGAGUUAUGGAUGAUAAGAUGGUGGGAGUAAAGGUAGAGAGAAAUGAAGGAAAAUUCAAUAGGGAUUCAGUGGCUAAGGCAUUGAGAUCAGUGAUGAUAAAGGAAGAAGGAACGAGAUAUAGAAGUAAAGCUGAAGAAAUGGGCAAGAUAAUUGGUGACAAGGAGCUUCACCAAAAAUAUAUAGAUGAAUUUGUUGAUUAUGUUGAGCUCAAUGUCCUUGCCUCUAAGCAUUAGCACUUAAGGUUCCUUUGCUCUUUCUGUCUUAAACGUUACCUAGGACAGAAUCAUAGGCACAAAUGUUUGUUUGUUUUAUUUUGUUUCAUUGUUGUAACUUGUAAUGUCAUCAUGGAUGGUGCUGGUAGGCACAAAGGUUUGUUUUAUUUUGUUUCAUUUCUGUAAUGUCAUUCUGGAUGAUGCUGGUUUUCUAAUUGAUGCAUUCAAAUAGAAAUAGAUGUUUGUUACGUUGUUCCAUGCUGCCUUUUCAAUAUGCAAUUUAAGCUUUAUCAUUCA